AUGAACACGGAAAAGCUGAAGAAACUGCAGUCGCAAGUGCGUAUCGGCGGCAAGGGUACACCGAGGCGCAAGAAGAAGGUUGUGCACGCGACCGCGGCCACAGAUGACAAGAAACUGCAGUCUUCACUAAAGAAACUGUCAGUAAACACUAUUCCCGGCAUCGAGGAGGUGAAUAUGAUAAAAGACGAUGGCACAGUGAUACAUUUCAACAAUCCGAAAGCGCAGGCCUCUUUGGCGGCUAAUACUUUCGCUAUCACGGGCCACGGUGAGAACAAGCAAAUUGCAGAAAUGCUGCCCGGCAUCCUCAGCCAACUUGGGCCGGAAGGAUUGAGUCAGCUGAAGAGGAUUGCGUCAAGUGUGGCGGCACCCAAACCAAUCGACGAGGACGACGAAGUGCCUAACCUUGUUGGCAACUUCGACGAGGCUUCAAAACAGGAAGCGAAAGAAGUAAUAACCGAGGAGAAGGAGGAAGCUAAGGAAACUGAGAAGGAACCGGAAAAGGAAAAGAAACCCGAAACAGAAACCAAAGUCGACAAGAAAAACGAU